UCUCUCUCUCUCUUGGAAUUUUGUUUUCUUCCCUUUGUUUUCUUCUUGUUUCAUUCUAUCAUGGAACCUCAACAACAGCUCCAGCAGCAGCAGCAACAAAACCAACAACAGCCAAACGAAGAUAGCGGCAGCAGCAAAGGCAGUUUUCUGUGCAGGCAAAGCAGUACACGCUGGACUCCUACAACUGACCAGAUAAGAAUAUUGAAGGACCUUUACUACAACAAUGGAGUUAGGUCCCCAAGUGCUGAACAGAUUCAGAGGAUCUCAGCUAGGCUGAGGCAGUACGGCAAGAUCGAAGGCAAGAACGUAUUUUAUUGGUUUCAGAACCAUAAAGCUCGUGAAAGGCAGAAGAAGCGAUUCACUACUGAUAUGCCCAUGCAAAGAUCCCUUGGAAAUGCCGGUUGGAGACCUGAUGAUCCCAUUCACAACAAAUUUCAUACCAUCCCCACUCCUGGGAUAUCUUCCCCAUCUUCUUCUUCUUCACCCAGUGUGCUUGCUGUUGGGCAGAUGGGAAGCUUUGGAUAUGGAUCUGUGGAGAGGAGUUUUACAGACUGUUCAAUAUCAGCAGGUGGUGGUCGUGGUGGGGUUGGUGGAUCUAUAAACCAGAGCUUCGAAUGGGUUGGCAUGGACCCAUAUUCUUCAUCUUAUGCUCUCUUUGACAAGAGAAAAACAAUGGGUGAAAGCUUCGAAGAAGAGCAAGAAGAAGAAGCAACUCCGGAGAUUGAAACGCUCCCACUCUUUCCCAUGCACGCUGAGGAUAUCACUGGCUUUUGCAACAUUAAGCCCGAAUCCAACGCCUACUACUCCGGCUGGUACAGGCCCGCCGACGCCAAGACCAGUUCCCGCACAUCUCUUGAGCUUAGCCUCAACUCCUACGCCGGCAGGUCCCCGGAUUCCCCCUGAAUAUUCCUCCAUGCUCAGCAGAUUUUAGCCAUAUAUUUUGGGGCUCAUUACUUUAUUUAGUAAUUGUACUUAGAGACAGUAAUUGUGGCUUGUAUAUGCUCAUGGGUUGGUGGCGUUGGAAUGUCUCUCGACAGUCUACACUUCUUCACUCUAAACCUGCUGGGCAUUUGACACGUCUCAUCACCUUCUUUUAAACAUAUAUUCCAUGAUUUUAAUUUUUUCUUUUUUCUUUUU